AUGGAAGAGCAGCCAGAGCAGCCUGGUGGAGUGAGCAACGCAGCGUGGAAAUUAGUCGAAGCAAUGAGGUCUGCAGACCCCACGGAGCGGCCAGAAAUGGACGCGGUAGUGCGCGUCGUACUGACGCUGACGGAGCGCGAGCGUCCGUGGACUCGACUCUGGGACGAAGGAAUCGUGUUCGCAGAAGCGGAGAGUGGGGAGCUCAACUGGCAGACUCGCACCGAACAUCUGCUGCGUAGCAUGCGCUUCCUUACGACGCGCUAUUUGCCGUCGAGAGGCGGUCGAGAGCUGCUGAAGAUGCUCAUUCCCGGCGCUUUUCGACUGAAAUCCAGCAAAUCCAUCGCCAAGCAGUCGAGUGCUGCUAGGUGGGUGCGAUCUGACGUGGCGAUGGAGGCUCUGACGGUGAUGCGGCACGAGCUGGACAACUUCCGCUACGCGUUCUCGGAUUCGCAGCUCGACUUGGUGGUGCGUGCUGUCGAUGUGUGUGCCCAGCACGUAGGAGCACUAGUGACGUCUACGCCCGACUGGUUUAUCUCGACGUAUGAAGUGCGAGACGAGAGUUGGUGGGAAGGCGUUCGCGUUGCGAUCCAAGAGCCACAACACGCUUCGGAUGGUGGGGAUUUAAGUGAAGUGGUUGUACGACAGGCAGCCAUUUGGUCGGAGCUCGUUCAUCCGCACAUAGUGGAGCUGUUCGGAGCGUGUCACGUUGGCUCCAGCCCGUUUUUCGUGUUUGAACGCGCUCGUGGAGGCUCGUUGAUGGAGUUCCUGUCACGGUACCCGGAUGCUCCCGAGCGUAGAGGAAGCGGUGGCGUACCGUCGCUGGCGUCGGAUAUCUACAGCUUCGGUGUGGUCAUUGUUGAGGCAGUUUUACGCAACACUCUAGAGAGUGACGAGCUGGUGGACCAGUCGCUCUUAGAGCAGAGACCGGAUCCAUUCGAGCAUGAAGCGUGGGAACUGGUCAAGAGAAUGUGCGCGUGGCAGCCAGAGCUACGUCCGUCAGUCUCGUACGUGGUGCAGCAGCUCGGUCAACUGGCGAACAGGGAGCGACAAUCAGGUCAACGCGAGUCGGGGGAGAUGGAUACAGCGAGUGACGGGCGUUCGAACACUGCAAGCGAGUCGACACAACUACAUGUAGUAGACGUAGAGCUACACGUACCAGGGGACUCGCCUUUGACGAUCUCGCAGUCGUUCGAGACGUUAAAGGAGCAGAUCCAAAGCCACGAUGACGCUAUCGAGGCGAGCAACGGCGACUUGGACGCCCAGAUUCUGCUCCGAAUGGAAGAUUUCUUCGCGCGUUUGUGUCGUGUCGAGGCCGAUUUGGACCAAGACAGCGACGAGACCAGCGCGUUUCCUGCUAUCGUGACCAGUUUCGUGGAUAUUUUGACGCAGUUCAGGCUUCACGUGAGCGUCGGCGGCACUGGCAGCCGCAUCACGCAGAUCGCGGCCACUCGCCAGCGCACCACCGACAAGUUUUCAUUUCACAAAGACCUGGACGAUUUACUCGACGCACUGCACUCGUAUGAGUGUUUGUCGGCGGAGAAGGAAGACCUGCACGACUGGAAAGGCCAAUGGUAUUCACAUCGAGCGCGACGGACGCUGAGCUGCACGUGGACGCUGAUGAACCCAGACGCGGCCGAGUUACUGCUGGACGAGCUCAAAGAUGCCCACGACCGGGAAGAAAUUCUCGCGUUGCUACGGUUCGAGGUCACUCGCCAUCGCUCUAGCUACACACCGGCACAAGUGGAAGCCAUGGGCUCUGCGUGUUGGGAUAUCUCGCGUCGACUGUCGGAUAGUUCCACCUGUGGCGACCACCGAAAUGGUUUAUCCCGCCGUACGAAGUCGAAUUUAACCCACGGGAGUCUCUGGGUCAGGCCUAGUGCUGUGUUUUAUCGAGAAUUGAGUAUCUGGUGUCGACUGAACCACCCAUAUGUGGUUAAAUUGUACGGCGGCUGCCAUGUAGGCGGCCAGCCCUUCUUCGUGUGCGAACCGGCAACCAAUGGCCGUCUAGACACGUAUCUACAUCGGUUCGACCCGGUGGGCACUAGUGUAGGCACCAGCAGCUUGAGAUCUACCUCUACCGUUAGUGGACACACCAGUGGCUUCAGUAGAGAGACGUCCAACGGGUCUACAUGUAGUUCUGGCUUCUCAGCCGACAGUGUAGGCUGCUACAGGCGUUGUGAGGCUUGGAAGAAGCUCCGCCAGAGUGCACUUGGGCUGCAAUACCUUCAUCAACACAGCAUCGUACACGGAGACCUCAAGUGCGACAACAUCCUCGUGACUGCCGACGGGACAGCGAAACUCACGGACUUUGGCCUCAGCUCUAUCCGUCGAUAUGUCGAUAGUGAACAGGAACAAAGUACUCAAGUGUCGGUGGUGGGUGCGCAGAGAUGGAAAGCACCCGAGUGCCUGACCGGCACACCGCCGACCUUCGAGUCGGACGUGUACUCGUUCGGCAUGUGCAUUCUUCAGGCGAUUAGUGGCGAGUUCCCGUGGGGUGCUCGCAUGCCGGAUGCAGCCGUGCGCUUCCACGUACGACGCGGUGCACUGCCGCCUCGACCCAAGGGCUUUCAAGACGACGCUCAUUGGGAACUCGUCAAGCAAAUGUGCUGCUUUGACCCUCAGUAG